AUGACGUCCUCCGGCGCUGGAUACUUUGGCGUGAGUUCUGCAGCAUACAGAUUUCUGAGGGCGAUGAAAUUGCAGCUUCACCCACAUAUUCCUAUGCGCAUCAAUGUCGUUGCACCGGGGUAUACCGAAUCUAACAAAACCAAAGGAAUGGUGAGCGAGUUCAGGGGUGUUGGUCUGCCCAUUCAACCUCCUUCUGCCGUUGGCCUGGCCGUUGCCAAACUUGUGGUCGACGCUUCCUACCACGGCCACACCCUUUUUGUCGCCGAUGAUCAGUAUGUAGAAAUGGAGGGGCACCUGGGUGAUGAUACGGCGAGGUAUUUUGGGUCCAUGAACGGGGAUGAGAAACAGUUUCGAGAACUCCUCGCAAUAAUGAAGGCACAGAUGGAGAAGACACGAAGAGCUCCAGCAUGA